AUGGAUUCAAUGGAUAUUGAUUCUCGUAUCGAGACGCCUCAGGUUGUUGGAGAAGUCGAGUUAAUGGAUACCGAAACUUCAGAAAAGAUCCCAGUUGAAGAACCAGUCGAGGCCUCAAAUGAAGCUUCAGCUGUUGAAGAUUUGGUUGAAGAACAAACGGAGGAGCAAAAAGAAGCCCAAACGGUCGCCCCAGAACCCGCAAAACCUAAACCUUCUGCUACCAAAUCUAAAAUAUCAAACAACGCUCCUGGUUACAGAUAUAAAUAUCCUGAGGCGAAGCCGACACCUCCCGGUGUAGAUGAUGAUAGAUGGAAUAAGAUCUACGUUGCCGCAGACUCUCGAUUUUACAACAGAGCCAAAAAGAAUGCGUCUGAAUCCAGAAAGAUCAGACUGACCGGUGAAACGUAUCAAUUGGCACUUAGAAUCUUAAAGGAAAGGGAUGAGAAGGAAGCGGAAGCCGCGGCAGAUCUGGCUGCUGGCAUAGCACCGCCUCUUAAAAGAACGCCCAAGCCCAAGCCACCACCCCGAAUGCCAAAAGCACCAUCUACAAGCUCAAGAGACGGUACGCCAAGCUUCAAUGAUAGAAUACCAUUAAGUAUCUCCGAACAGAUCAAGAGUGAAGGUCGUGCUCGAAAGGCACUGCCAUCCUCUAGUCAAGGAUCUCCUGGGCCAUCUGCUCCUAAGCAUAGCAGUCCUGUGCCGUCACAGAUAAAAUCGGAGAAGGGACCUAUCCUAAAGAAGAAGAGCACCGUCGCUCCUUUCAAAAAAUUCCAACCCAAAGCGGCCAAACCCGAAGGCCCUACAGAUGCUAGAUCACAACGUAAUAGCGCCACUCCCGGUGGAAGAAGCGGCCCGUCCGACGAUGAUGGCAGCAACGAUGGUGGUGAAUACUGUAUAUGUCGCGGUCCUGAUGAUCACCGCAUGAUGAUAUUUUGUGAUGGGGGUUGUCAAGACUGGUACCAUUGCUCAUGUAUCGAUGUUGAUGUCGAGGACGCGAAAAAUUUGCUCGAUCGAUUCAUUUGUCCAAACUGCAGCUCCGAAACCGAAUUUACUACAUGGAAGCGAAUUUGCAGAUACCAUAACGUUGAUGGAUGUCGGAAGGCUGCUCGUGUUAUGGACGAGCCACCUAGCAAGUAUUGCAGCGACGAACACGCAACUGCUUUUUGGGAAUUUGUUGCCGCAAAGUUGCGCUCUAAUAAAAAACGUACUAUAGGUGGUGCAUUGAAUGAGGAAGAGUUUGGAGCGUUGUUGACUUCAUGUAAGACAGCAGCCGAUUUCCAUGCCCUUGGUUCAAGACCGAAGUUGCCAAUACCUGAAGGACACGACCCAAGUCAACCACUAGGUCUCAACUAUCUACUUCCCGAAGAAGAAUCUACUAUAAACAAGAUUAAGGCUGGACGCAAAGUCAUUGAACAACGUAUUGAAGGUUUCAAAAUGGCUCAAAAACUUUUGAUUAUGAUGAAUCGACGUGCUAAGAUCGCACAAGAACAUCCAGAUGUUGAGGUCAAGGAGAUUUGCGGAUACGAUAAUCGUCUCGCUCUCAAUGAGUAUGAGUUCGAUGCUUGGUGUGUAAGCGAAGAGGGCAAAGGUUAUCUCGCUAGUGGUAUUCUUGGUCCUCGUACCGAGGAAACAAAGCAUCUUGGUGAAACUACUCCAUAUCCUGGUCAGGUCAUUCCGGAUACGGGAGAUAUACCGGACGAACUAAAGAAUCUGUGUAUCAAACCCCUCAAGAAAUGCAAGCACUAUGGCUGGCGUGGUAACCAUGCAGAGCAAUACGCCUAUUCAACAAAGACUUUGACGGAGGAACUCGCCAGGUUGAGUAAACAAGAGGCAUUUAUUAUUGAGGACGCAGAAACGAGAGAAGCUACUAAGGAUUACAAUGCUGAGAAUACGGUCGAGCAGCUUUUCUAA